AUGCCAAAAAGAGCAGUAUCAUUCGCUGAUGACAUUGAAACUCGAGUAUUCAAGCGUGACAAGAAGGAGCUAGAAAAUGAAGAUCUCGAUAUACCAAUGGAAGAAGAUGUGGUGAAAGAGCGACCAGUAGAAGAUGAAGAAGAAGAAAAGAAAAAAUUCCACACUCUCGAAUCAGACGAAGAAGAAGAAGAGGAUCACAAGCGUCUUGACACAAGAAAAGUUGAAGGACAGGAGGAUUGCGAAAUGGAUUUUGAUGGUUCAAUCAAAAUUACUGCAUUCAAUAUGAAAGAAGAUGAAGAGGAUGGGCAUUUUGAUGAGACUGGUAACUUUGUUUUCGACAAGAAACAGAAGGACGUUCAAGAUGCUUGGCUGGAUGGAAUUGACUGGAGUUCGGUUAAGAGAAAAGCAGGAGAUCAGUGGGAAGGAGAUGGGGAAAAGAAGUCUGAUGACGAAGAACCAGAGCCAGUUACGAUGAGUGAUGUUCGAAAGAAAGAAAUCUUCGAACAACUUGUACAAAUUCUGCAGCCAAAUCAAUCAAUUGCAAAAGCAUUAUCAGAUCUCAAAAAGAAGAAAGGACUGACUGCUGCAGAGGAAAGAAAAUUGAGAUGGGCGGCUAAAAAAGCUGGAAAAGAAUUUCAACCUACUGACGGUCAAAAAGAAACUCAGUUACUGUCUGGGCUGGCCGAUGAACUUAUUUCAGCUGGAUUUAUGGACGCAUAUGAAUGGCAUCGAGAAAAGAUCAACUUCCUACUUCAAAGAAUGAUCAGUGUUGCUGCCGAUGAAUUGGAUAUGUUCUCAGAUGAACCAGCAGUCACAUCGUCCGCAACCACUGCUCCAACUACAAUAGGACAAGAAGAAAAAGAAGAGGAUACAGUCAAAUGGGACUAUAAAUCUAAUGAGGAGGCAAAAAUUGAGGGACCGUUCUCGACGUCAGAAAUGAUGGAUCGUCAAUCUAAAGGACUUCUUUCUGCUGAGGGUGUGGCUAGACGUGAAGGAACGAACGGACAUUUCAAUCCAGUCGCUAGAAUUGAUUUUGAGUUGUAUUUGUGA